AUGUUUGCUUGGCUUCAAACUAAACCAAAGGAAACGCAUGCGAUGGACAGUGUCGGCUGGUUAAGAGCUGCAGUUCUAGGUGCAAACGAUGGUAUUUUAUCUUUAUCUGGUUUAUUGAUUGGAAUAUCAUCAGCUGAAGCCUCUCGGCGAAGCAUCACCUUAGCAGGGGUUUCUGGUUUAAUUGCUGGCGCCAUGUCCAUGGCUGCUGGCGAAUAUGUUUCUGUUAGUUCUCAGGCAGAUUUAGAGAUGGCGGAUUUAAAUUUGGAGAGACAAGAGGUGGAACAACAUUGGGAUGAAGAGGUGGACGAGUUAACUCAUGUCUAUGUUACUAGAGGUUUAGAGCAAGGCUUAGCACGCACAGUCGCCAUCAAGCUAAUGGAGCACGAUGCUUUAGAGGCGCAUGCUCGUGACGAGUUGGGCAUCAACAUGUAUUCCGUAGCAAAACCAUUACAAGCAUCCGUUUCGUCCGCUGCAGCAUUUUCAGCAGGUGCAAUUUUACCUUUGAUAACCGCUCUUUUAAGUCCUGUAGAACAUGUUAACAUAAUUCUGACUUUUUCAACUUUGUUUUUCCUCGCAUUCCUGGGAUUGGUCGGCGCUCACAUUGGAGGUGCUAACAAAAUGCGAGCUAUAUUCAGAGUCACCGUUUUGGGCGUUUUAGCCUUGGCCGUAACUUCCUUAGUGGGAAAAUUUUUUGAAGUUCAGGCGUAA